AUGGCAGCUGCUAUUCCGUCUACCCAGUUCCUCCACCUAGCGAAUGUAUUCAGGCUCCUGUGCCUUCGAAGCGAUGCCGAUGAUAUAAUUCUGGAGCUUCUGGGCAGGUUUGCGCUGGAUAAGAUAUACGCUGACAGCAACCGGGAGAAGUUCCAACAACUUGUCGGCACUCUACUUUCACAACUAAACGCUAUCAUCUAUAUCCAGCGUCUAUCGCUACCAUCAGAACGGGAGCAGGUAGAAGAAUACGUGGGGUUCCUGGCCAAUUGGGAGACCAUUGCGCGGUCCAUCGAAUUCGUAUUGCAGGUUGUUAUUGAGGGACACGAGAGCCUCUUCAAUGCUCAUCAGCAGCUGGAUGUGCAACUGGCGGACCUGAUCUCGACGGCAUUGCGUGUUCUGUCCUUUCAUCCCAAGGGCUUACCUGAUAUUAAGGACCAGAAACACCGGUUUGCUCGCAUCCACAGGCUCCUAGACAGGCUACAUGACCGCUUUCCAGGACCGAGGCCAUGCCUACUACUUAUCUGUCGGGAUAUGGCUAAUGCAUUGCUGAAGUAUCCUCUACCUGAGUGCUUAUCAGAUCGAUAUGUUUCCACCAUCGUUGAACAAGAAGGUCCUUCUGUCAACUGGCUGACCCAGUUUUUGGCUCUGAGAGAUAUCACUCAGUUUGUUAUUGGCGCAUCUAUUCAGUACGCGGUAAGCGACGAGACUGAAGACGUAUAUCUCCCAUCAUCGUGCGCCAAAACCCGAAAUGCUAUCCUGGGGUCUCUCGACAAAAUACGCAUGCCCAACAAUUAUCCAAAACUAGAAUUACUGUCUAUGUUCAGCGAGGCUUUUCGAACCAUAUUACCCGAUACCCCCCCGAUCAAUGGAUUCCGAAAUCACUCAGGGUUGCUUGGUGACGUUAAUGGUGUAGAGGCCAUCAAGUCGUUCUGCUUAUCACUUUCGAACAGACAAAUUAUCCAUCGGUCAAGCGAUGGACCCCUGAUACGUGCAAUAGCAGAAGUUAAUAGGCGUAUAACUCUCCUCGAUGACCCGAAUGAGACUUCAGAGGGCAUCGUACCUCGAGUAUAUGCUCUGAACUGCAAGUCCUGUCAUCUUGCUGGAGAUACCCAGUUACAGGUUCUGGAGCAUCUUGAAUUUCCGAGUCCGACAGAAGGGUCUGAGAUCGGAUUACCCCCAAACACGAAAUGUGUACAAUGCAACCAAGUUGUCACACUUGCGCGAGAGAUACCACUUAUAAGAGAGACGUGGGAGCUCCUUAAUGAUAUUGAUUACAAUGCUGACCCUCCUAGCGAGCAACGACACUUCUCCCCUCCAUAUCAGUUAUUCCCGUCUAAGAUGCUCUCCGAUCCUUCAUCAUCUCUCAAGUUACCACAGAGCCCCAAACCUAUUCCUAGUCCAACCACUAUAGGAAGAUCUCCCACCGCCACACAUAGUGUAUCUCCAGUUUCUCCAGAAACAAGGCACGGCACUGAUGAUAGCUUUAGUCAAGAGCACACAAUAGGGUCCAUAACUGAAAUAGUUAGCCCUGAUGCCGAACUUUCUAGGCAGCACCUUACCCAUACAUCAGAUCAUCUUGUUCAAAAUGGUUGUGAAACGCAUCAUAAACCCCCCCGGUCAGGCAAAAUAACAGACGUUCGUCGCACUGCUAGCCAGCAUAGUGUUUCACCACCCCGUCCUGGAACAUCAAGCAAGACUCACCUUCCUAGGAAAAGGCUGUCAGAUUGGCUCACUAAAAGAGAGCAUCGAGCUGCAGCAUCAGGGGAUGCAAGCUCUCAUUCGUCCGGAUCAAUGGAAAACCAGCGGCCAGAGGAGAUCUGUCUGAAGAGCCUGACUAGUGCUUCAAAAUCCCAAGGGAGAGGAAAGGUCUCGAAGCUGAUGAGUGUAAGCCUCUCGCAGAAUAGUACCAAUGCCCUAUUUUGGAUGCCUUCUACGAUUCAAGUGUGGGAUGUUGGUGUUUCCCCUGCGGCUGUGACUAGAGUUAUUCCAACGGAAGGCUCAUGUCUGCUUGCUGCUGUUACAAAAAGAUAUUUGGCAUACAUGGUUGGAAGUAAGGACCAAAAACUCACACUCCGAAUAAUCAACCUUUCACUUCCAACUGCUGCACCUCUUGAAUAUCAAAUGCCUUCAUCACAAUGGUGUAAGAGCAUUGCCAUUUGUCCGAGAGAAUCACAUGUUGCUGUAGGGUUCGAAAACGCUACCGUUCGCUUCUUUAAAACUACCAUGUAUGAACCCCAGCGAGAAUUCCGCCUUCAUAACAGAUAUCAUACCCCUAGCGAGUGCGAGAAUUGCCCACCGGUCGAUACAUUGUCCUUCUCACCCGAUGGGGAGACACUCAUCGCAAGCACAAGAAAUUUGAAAGGGGUAAUCCAAACUUUCAUCCGCAGGGCGUCGACAUUUACUUUCCAGGAGCUUUCAAACUGUCACUACCCCAUUCCCCUGCAUGAGUCAGAGGACGGGGGGAUCUCAUCCGUCGUUUUUAGGCCGGGUGUCGGCGGAGAGGAUGACCUGGUAUGUAUCACAACGUGGACGCAAUCGGGUACCCCAUUAUUACUGUCUCCCAAGACUGGGCAUCGAGUCGAAAUUAAGGCCGAUAACUCCAGUCACGGACGCCGCCUUGGUACACGAGUGCAAUGUGCUGCGUUCUCUUUGACAGGAAAACAGCUCGCCAUGGUGAAUGACAAGGGCUACAUGUACCUUGUAUCUAAUCUCAACUCAAGCGUGAUGGAAGCUCGAAGGCUCGCCACCACUAAGGAACUCACUGCCAGGUGUAGCUUUUACGCGAUGUCGUUUAUGAUACUGCAGGGCGACGAAUCAAUCGUUCUUGCAUGGGCCGAUGUAAGCAAAAGUGUGGGCUAUAUUAGAAGAAUACCCAUACCCUUCACACAUGGCGAGUCCACGAUUGCAGAUAUCGUACAAUCCCACCCAGCGGAUCUAACGGAACUGCCUGCAGACGUAGGAGCUAGCGCCUAUGGUUCGUUCACGGGCCGCUCGGGUGAUAAUCACCAAAAUACCAGCCAUAUCCCAUCUCGACCAGCCGCUCGAUAUAGGACUGUCUCAGCUCGUCCAGUUGAGCUGCCUGCUACAGAUGGGCUGAUAUCGUUGUCCCUGAAGACUCCAGUGGAUUGA